UGCGUCGUUGGUCUUGUUAUACUAAUUUUAAUUGUCCACCUUCGUGAAACCCAGUGGAACCAACUCGAAUGACCCGUGAGGAGAUGCUCAAAGCAGGCACAACCGAGACGGAAUUGCGUUCGAAAGUCAGGUAUCCAGACAAAAUUGGUGGCGGAUACAUGGCCUCUAUGGAAGCCGCCCACCAAUUGCAUUGUGUUAACUUGCUUCGCAAAGCCUCUUGGUACGAUUAUUACCAGUCCAUCGGAGAUGUUGCGUUCCAAAACUCACCAGACGUAAUCCGUCUGCAUUUCGAUCACUGCAUCGACAUGGUAAGGCAGAACAUUAUGUGCAAUGCAGACGUGACGAUGAUCACAUGGUACUGGGUGGAGGGACACACGGUCCCUUACCCUAAUUUCAACACCCGUCAUCGAUGCAGGAACUUUGAGAAAAUUAUGGAUUGGUCUUACAAACACGGCAUUCACAUCGACAAAUCUGAGGUUACUCGCUUCCCAGAUACGGUUGACCUCCCAAAACCACAUCGUGAUGCAUGAGGCCUUGAGGAAUGACAUAUGUAAGCUGGGCUUACACAUCAACGUCGACGUCAUCACGGAUAUGAUUGGGCACCGCGGGUUGUUUGGACGGACUCCUAUUUAUAUUGAUCUCGUACCGCAUGUAUAGAGC